GCUUCAACCGGCUGAUUCUUCCAUUGCCCCAUCCUAUUCUCAUCUUUGGUUAUGUUCCUUCGUUCUUUCUGGCAGAGGAGUCCUUGCUUAUUGGAAGGUGGCAUCGCUCGGACUCAAUCGGCAAUUACACGCUUUCAAUCGGUAUAUCUUCGUUCUAACCCACUCCAUCUCCAGACGCGAGCCAUGUCUACCCAGAAACAACAGAAAUCGUACCACACCAAAGCCACCGGGCUUGCAGCCAAGACUGUGGUCGACCACUCUGAAGAUCACGAUCUGAAGUUAUUUGGUAGUUGCUUCUGUCCGUUUGUUCAGCGCGUAUGGAUCGCUCUGGAGUUCAAGGGCAUCCCGUAUCAGUAUAUCGAGGUUGACCCCUACAAGAAGCCCCAAUCCCUGCUCGAAGUCAAUCCCAGAGGGCUAGUUCCUGCCCUGCGCCACGGGGACUGGAGUUCGCAUGAGAGCACCGUCUUGCUCGAAUACUUGGAAGACCUGAACGCCGGCCCUUCGCUGCUGCCUCCCGCAGAUCCAAAACUGCGCGCCCAUUGUCGACUAUGGACCGAUUAUGUAAAUCGCCAUAUCGUGCCCACGUUCUAUCGCGUUCUCCAAGAACAGGAUCAGGAGAAACAGAUCUCGCACGCACAAGAACUCCGCGAUUCAUUCAAUACUCUGGUCGGCGCGGCCCAUGCCGAAGGACCCUUCUUCUUAGGCGAUAAGCUCUCCUUUGUGGACGUCCAGGUUGCGCCGUGGAUCAUCCGGCUCCGGCGGGUGCUAAAGCCGUAUCGCGGCUGGCCCGACCCAGAAGCAGGCAGUCGAUGGGGUGCGUGGGUAGAUGCAAUUGAGAACGAUCCCCACAUUGCGGCAACCACCAGUGGCGACGAGCUGUACCUGGAUAGCUAUGAGAGAUACGCGGAAAACCGCCCCAACACAUCGCAGGUGGCAAACGCAAUCAAUUCUGGACGAGGGCUCCCAUAAUAGAUGAUAUGUAUUUUCGC